UUCAGUAAAUUUGAUUGCACCUUAACGUCAGUCAUUACGUUCUCUAGUGCAGACUAGAGUACCUCAAGUCAGAAUAUGGACAUCAUUAGUCGAUUUUUUAUUGGUUCUUUGGACCGCCAUCUUUUUUCUUUGGCCGCAUAAUAGGGAAAUAGUAGAGGAAACUUUCUAUUUCGUGGGCAUGGUUCUAUAUCUAUGAGCGCGUGCCGCACAGUACCACAUUAUAUGCAUUUUGGGGACGAUAUUUCUGCGCAAUUUUUAUUUGAACAUUUUCAUGAUGCUUGCAUACGUUUCGGUCAUCUUGAUAUGUAUUGGUACAUAUCACCUUAUCUCGUAUUAUCGUAAACGAUUACGUUUCAUGCAAGCAGCAAACGCUCUACCAGGCCCGAAAGCGUAUCCAAUUAUUGGAAAUGCUUACUACUUUUUCCAGACAAGUUUUGACGAUUUACUGCCCAGUCUGUAUAAGCUUAUGGAUAUUUAUCCUUCUCCAUUUCGAUUAUGGAUGGGCAAUAAGUUAAUUAUUAUUAUAUCCGAACCAGACCAAGCAAAGACGAUCCUCCAAAGCCGAUAUUGUUUAAACAAAAGCAAGUUCUAUGAUAUUUUCAAGCCGUGGAUAGGAACAGGAUUGUUUACAGCUCCUGCAUCCAAAUGGGUCACACAUCGAAAAAUGUUAACAACGAGCUUCAAUACAAACAUAUUACGAGUAUUCUGCGAUACAUUUGUGAAACAAGCUUCAAUAUUUAUGGAAAAAUUAGAACACAUGACAAACGACGAAAUUGAUUUAGAUCAUCAUUUAGCGACGUGUACGUUGGACAUAGUUUACGACACUUUGUUGGGUAUCAAUUUGGAAUCGCAAUCAAAUAAAAAUAAUCAGUAUGCCAAAGCGGUGUCAAGAUUGAAAAAUAUAGUUAUACGUAGAAUGCAGAAUAUAUUUUUAUAUCCCGAUAUGAUAUUUAAUCUCACUACUCUAAACCGUGAGCAGCAGAAGCAUAUAAAUUAUCUAAAUUCUGUUGCAGAAGAAGUAAUACAAAAGGAAGACGCAAAAAAUAAUUUGCACUCUAUUAAAGCAGAAUAUGCAAAACCCUCAAAAAGGAUAUUUCUCGAUAUACUAAUGGAAGCGUCUGACGAAGGCAAGAAAUUUAAUCGCAAGGAAAUUCUCGAUGAGAUCAAUACAAUGGUGACAGCGGCAUCUGACACGACUGCCAUCACUAUGUAUUUUACAAUAUUUAUGUUGGCAAAUUUUCCAGAAAUUCAAGUACGUAUUAAAGUUUAAUUAAUUCCUUUUCUGAGAUUAUUCUGUUUCUCAAUAACCGUAUUAGUUUUCUUAUAUUGUUCUAUUUGAAUCUAUUACAUUAUUUAUUGUAAGGAAGUGUUAACUACUGUCCUAUCUUAUACCUGUACUCGUUCUUUUUAAUACU